AAUUGUUUUAGCAUUAAAAAUACAUUGCAUUGAGAGCUCUUUAUCCUAGCUGAUCGAUCCGAGCAGAAGAUGAGACUGUGUCGAAAAAUUAGAAACAUCGGAAUCAAAUAUGACAGUGCUGUGUAAAGAAGGAACGAGUAAAUUCGAACUGUUGGCCAGUUCGACCUAAUAUGUUGUCAACACGGCAGAGAAUCGCGUAAAGAAUAAUAAAAGAAAAACAGUAAAUAUCGCAUAUAUUUUUGUUAAAUUUGUUUCAUGAGUUUUGAAGACACUUGAUGUGUUUUUCGAUCAAUAUGAUGAAUAUGUGACAGUUAUAUUCUGAUUAGAUUGUGUGCUGGUAUUAAUUUUAAACUAUUUCUUUCUUAUUGUAUUUGCAAGACCGAAUUACAAUUCUUAACGAUUUGUGAUAUCGUAUAUAUUUGCACCGUCUAUAAUCGAAACAAGAGCAUAUAGCCGCAUUUCAGGUCGGUGUUUUCUUUGUAGAAAACCUUUACAAUCUGAUAUUAUGGAGAAUCAGCCCGAAUCUCUGAAUAUCGACAAUUCCUCCGAGAAAUUAUUGUCUGCCUUUAUACCGAGGCAUGAUGCUUUGGAGAAAUCCGUCGAACAGGCUUCACGAAGUCGGACAGAUAACGUUAGAGACCAGGUAUUAGCAAACAAUGAUGCAUGUAUAAAUGUUAUGGGUAACUAUCCACUCGAAACCGAAACAAUAAACUUACCGGGAUCGUCUGCUACGGAACCGUCUACUACGGAAUUGUCUCGUAUGGAAUCGUCCGGUACGGAAUCGGAUGCUACUGAAAUCGCGCAACCGAAUAUAUCAAAAUCUGCACUCGAGCUAAAAUCUCAAUCUUUGCAAGAAUGCAUUCAGAAAAUUAAAAGUUACAAUAAAUCGAAAAACUAUAAGGAAUCGUACUCUAUGGGAUCGUCUCCUCUAAAAUCGUCCUCUGCAGAAUCAUACUCUGCAAAAUCUUCUUUUACGGAACCAUUGAAAACGACUCCGAACACGCCAAAACGUCCUUGCACACUAGAUUUUUCGCAUACUAGAAAAUUGCCAACGUUCAAAGAUGUAUUUCUUGAUUAUUUCAUGACUCAAAGAUUAGAAAUGAUCUCUGUGGAACAUAAACUUUUGACAAUGUAUAUGAGUCGAAUCGCUCGAGAAUAUAAUUCAGACAAUAUGAUUGAAAAAGACGAAAAAUCAAAGGAUUAUCAAAAUAAGAAAAAAGAAAAUCGUCAAAAUCGUCAGAAGAUUAAUAAGAUGCCUAAGGAUAAAUUAUUACAGUGGGGACAUAUAAUCGCACAAUCAAAACUUAUAAUUUUCCUUAUUUCUAUAUUACCAUAUUCAGUAAUGAACAAGAUUAUUAAAAGAUUCAAACCUUCAAAACCAACACUUAUGAUAACUUAUGAUAAAGCUCGAAAAGAUAAAAAACCAGAAGAUAUUCAAGAUACGAAAGUAAAAAUUCAUCGAAAGAAAUGUUCGUCGGAAUGUUUAAAAAGUUUCAUAAUCUUGUUAAUAUUAAUUCUAUCUCCAUUUUUAUUUCAAUUUUAUUCUCGUUUUGAACUUGUACGUGAUGAGAAUGAUAAGCACGCUGAUAUUUUUGAGACUGCUAUUGUCGAAUUGGAGGAAGGAAUACUCGAUCACGAUGCAACCGUACGAGCCGUGACCAAAUAUCUUGAACGAAAUACAUCUCUUUUAAAAGUAGUAGCUCUCAUCGGUGAUACAAGCGUCGACAAACCAUACACGGUGGACAUAAUAAAAAAAAUAUUACGCAAAAGGAGAAGAAACGGUCCUUCACCUUCGUUUCCGACCUUUAUUGUCUUAGAGAAUUUGAGAGCAGAGCAUUCUAAAGUCGUUAUAAACUAUGCGAAAACGUAUCAAGAAGCAUAUGGCAAUCGGGAGUUUACCAUAUUGGCUGUUUUUAAAGAUGAGCAGAUUGAUGAUGAUUUGAUGCGUGCAGAUCUUAACCACACUAUAAACGCAGUAAAAGAUUUUUUUAUCAAAGCAAAUAUUAUUAUGAAAAUUAUUCCCUUCAAACCUUUGAACGAGGACACAUUAGAAAAAUACAUUAGAAACACUGCGGAAAAUAUCGGACAAACGUUCUCCCAAGAUCAAAUCGAUUAUUAUAAACGACGUUUGAUAGAAGAUGAUACCAAUUACCAAAAAGUAUAUGGUUGUUAGACAAUAAAGAUCAUUCAUAAUUGCUUCCGAGGAGACAAGACUGUUCAAAUUAUUGAAUUGCGUAUUGUAUGUGACAUAACAAUAUUUAUAUUAAACAAUAUGUAUUUUUUCGUAUACAUAUCGGAUUAUAACAUAUUGUUGUAAAUUUAUGAGUACAAAUAAUUGACAUUUUCCGGACUUUAUAAAUUAUAUCGAAUUGCGUUUUCAUGUUGCUAAAUUAUAUUCUUUAUUCCUUUGACUUCGAUUAAAAAAAUAAUUUUAUUUAAUUUUGUACUGAAAGCCAAUUUGCAAACGAUUUAUAGUUAUAAUCCGUUGAUGUAAAUAUGUGAUGAAAUUUUUGUAUGCAUUACUUGCAUUGUACUAGAAACGAAUGGUGAUAUGUGCAGGAGAUAACGUGUUAUAUGUUGUUUAACAUAUGUCAAAAGAGCGCUCAAUUAGCGUUCUAUUAGAAAUGGUUAAACAAAUUCACAUUAGGACUCCUAACAUAGGUAAUAUCUCGGAUUGUUGCUAAAUGUUAUUUAAUAAACACAUUUGUAUUUUUAGGCGAAUGACCGUGAUUAUUGCAUAUGUAUAAAUCUUCGUAAUUACACAUAAUGCUCAAUCAUUAGGCAUUACGCUACGUUACAUUGAUAUCACCGAUCGUUUUUAUACAACUUAAAAAUUACUUUAAUUAAAAUCUUGCAAGUA